AUGGAAGAAAUCUUCGGAGCUGCACCAGAGCCUGCCACCCCUCUUGGUCGGUACCGGGUUCUCUCCUCAACCGCAGGAGUCCGCGUUUCCCCCCUUCAGCUCGGCGCAAUGUCCAUCGGCGACGCCUGGAGCGGAUUCAUGGGCAGCAUGAGCAAAGAGCAAUCCUUCGCACUGCUCGAUGCCUUCGUCGCCGCCGGUGGCAACUUCAUCGACACAGCAAACAACUACCAGAACGAGCAAUCCGAGACCUGGCUCGGCGAAUGGAUGGCCGCACGCAACAACCGCGACCAACUGGUUCUAGCCACCAAGUUCACAACCGACUACCGUAGCCACGCGCUCGGUAAGGGCAACACUGUUAACGCCUGCGGGAACCAUAAGCGUAACAUGAUCCUCAGCGUCCGUGACUCUCUCCGCAAACUCCAAACCGACUUCAUCGACGUCCUCUACGUCCACUGGUGGGACUACACUACCUCCAUCGAGGAAAUCAUGGACUCCCUCCACAUCCUCGUCGAGCAGGGUAAGGUCAUGUACCUCGGGAUCUCGGAUUCUCCUGCGUGGAUCGUUUCUGCGGCGAACACAUAUGCGCGCGCGCACGGCAAAACGCCUUUCUCCAUUUACCAGGGGCGGUGGAACGUGAUGCGCCGCGACUUCGAGCGCGAUAUCCUGCCCAUGGCGCGGCAUUUCGGAAUGGCGCUUGCGCCGUGGGAUGUGCUUGGUGGUGGUCAUUUCCAGACUGCUAAGCAGGUCGAGGAGCGGAAUAAGACGGGUGAGGGUCUGCGCAAUGUAAUGGGUGCUGAGCAGACAGAAGAGGAGAGGCAUAUCUCCGAGGCGUUGGCCACUGUUGCUGCUGAGCAUGGGAUUGAGUCGGUCACUACUAUUGCGUUAGCUUAUGUGCUUUGCAAGGCGCCGAAUGUGUUCCCGCUUAUUGGAGGCCGCAAGAUUGAGCAUCUGCAUGACAAUAUCCAGGCUUUGUCGAUUCGGCUUACAGAUAAGCAGAUUGAGUUUUUGGAGGCAGCGACUACUUUUGAUGUUGGGUUCCCCAAUAACUUCAUUGGGAUUGAUCCGAGUGUCAAUGGUGGCAAGGCGUCCUUCCUGACGGGCUCGGCUGGCCAUAUCGACUUUGUUCAGGCACCUCGGGCUAUUGGAUAUGAGCCUAGUAAAUAG